AUGUUCAACAACGCUGAGCAGUUCCCCAUCCUCCAUGCUCUGUUGAACGACCCCACUUACGAUCAGAGCUCAGAGGAACACAGAGCUGUCUGGGGAACUCACAAGCUUACGAAGGAGAACUUGGCAGCUGUCACGAAGGAGUUGAAGGACAAGGAGGACAAGGAGAAGAGGGCCAAGGAGAAGGCCAGGCUGGCCAAGGAAAAGAAGUCCAAGAAGGCCUCAACUUCGAAACUCCUUCCAUGUGUCUCUGCAGCACCACUGGAGGAUCCCUUCCCAGGCAUCCUUUUUGCAGACUUUGCCAAAGUGAUCAAGUCCAGCUUUGGUGCCGACAUCACUCUUGCCACCGUCUUGAUGCUCCUCUUCAGUGUCACCAACAACACCGACCUUCUCAACCUUCAUGGUCAACAACAAGCUGUCCCUACCAACACUCAGGUCGUGACUAGCUGGAUGGCUGCCUUUGUCCGUGCUAUCAAAGACAGGCUUCAGCUUGACUCCCUUGUCGCUGAUGAUGAUUCGGAUACUGAAAUGAACACUGACUCUGACUCUGGCUCUGACUCUGGCUCCAACUCUGGCUCUGCAUCUGGUUCUUGUUAA